CGGGUUUAUGCGAACUGCCUUACUAUGCUGUAGCCCCACUCCCCCUGCACUAUCCCGGAUCAAAAAACGUGCAACUUAGUAUGCUGGAGAUCGCAGCGCGAGGACGUGAGGUCUGGCUCUUUCCCCACCAGACAGACAACAUAUGACGCUCCAUGUGACUUUACCGGAGACAUUUAGAAGCGUUUUCAUGUGAAAUUGUGCACCUUUUUUUAGACAGCGACACUGUUGCCUCGUCCUUGUGUCUCCAGACGCACCAGUGUGGCUCAUUUAGCCGUGAUGUCGUCAUGAUGAGGACCCUGGUCUUUUAGCCGAAAACAAACCCAAAUACACUCUCUGUACUGUACAGUGUACAUUGACUGACAGGCGUUUGAUUGGGGACUGGUAAUCGAUGUGCAGCAGCCGCGUACUGUGAGGUUUCAUCUUCUUUACAAAGAUAGCUAACAACAGGGCAGAGCGGGGAAGGCGAGCCUCAUGAGUUGGCCUCGUGGCUUGCAUCGACACAAUGGAUUUAACUAAAAUGGGUAUGAUCCAGCUCCAGAACCCCAACCAUCCCAACGGCCUCCUGCAGAAGGCCAACCAGAUGCGCCUGGCGGGGACUCUGUGUGACGUGGUCAUCAUGGUGGACAACCAGGAGUUCCACGCUCACCGGACUGUCCUCGCCUGCACGAGCAAAAUGUUCGAGAUCCUCUUCCACCGCAGCAGCCAGCACUACACCCUGGACUUUCUCUCACCAAAGACAUUUCAGCAGAUUCUAGAGUAUGCCUACACUGCCACGCUGCAGGCCAAGGUGGAGGACCUGGACGACCUUCUGUACGCGGCGGAGAUCCUGGAGAUCGAGUACCUGGAAGAGCAAUGCCUCAAGAUCUUGGAGACCAUUCAGUCUUCUGAGGAGAACGACGGCGUGAACGACGGCAGCACGGAGGAGGACGACGAGCGCAAAGGCCACAACGGAGCCAAGAACUCCAAAAAGCAUUCCAUGGAGGGCUCCUACCUGACAGGAGCCCAGCAGGUCGCCCUCAUGACGGGCAUGGUGGACCAGAGCCCGUCAGUCUCCACCUCUUUCGGCAUGUCCAACCUGAGUCCUACUAAAGCUGCUGUGGACAGCCUGAUGAGCAUCGGACAGUCUCUGCUGCAACAGGGCUUCGGCGGGGAACAUCUCCUCCACCACGCAAACUCCAACCAGCUGAUGACCGAGAUCAAGACCGAGAUGAUGCAAGUGGACAUGGGAGGCAACGGCCACGACAGCCCUCCGAACAUGGAGUCCAGCGCCUCCAGUAAUGGAGAGCGGAGUGGCGAGGACAGGAAUCGAGACGGACCGGGAACACCGACCAGGAGCAGCGUGAUCACCAGCGCCCGCGAGCUGCACUAUGUCCGCGAUGACCCGCAAGGUGACAUGAGCCAGAUGGGGCUGGAAGCGAUGGCGGGGAUGACGGAGAAACACCUCGCCUCGCUUUACUCCCUGCCCGUCAAUCACAAGUCAGAGGGCCUCAUGUCCAUGCCGGCAUCCAUGGCGGCGUCCAUGGCCUCCAAUCUCCCCAUGUCCCCGGCCCUGGCCAUGUCUAUGGACUUCAGCGCCUAUGGGGGACUCCUGCCACAGAGCUUCAUCCAGAGAGAGUUCUUCAGCAAACUCGGGGAGCUGGCGGUGGGCCUGAAACCGGAUGGCAGGAACCAGCACGAGCGCUGCAACGUGUGCGGUGCAGAACUGCCAGACAACGAAGCCGUGGAGCAGCACAGGAAGAUGCACAGUGGAAUGAAGACUUACGGCUGUGAGCUGUGUGGAAAGAGUUUCCUGGACAGCCUCCGUCUACGGAUGCAUUUGCUGUCUCAUUCAGCUGGUGAGAAGGCCAUAGUCUGUGACCAGUGUGGAGCCCAGUUCCAGACAGAGGAAUCUCUGGAGUCUCAUCGGCAGAUACACACUGGGUCGGACAUGGCCAUCUUCUGCCUGCUGUGUGGGAAGCGCUUCCAGACGCAGCCGGCGCUGCAGCAGCACAUGGAGGUCCACGCCGGCGUGCGCAGCUACAUCUGCAGCGAAUGCAACCGGACCUUCCCCAGCCACACUGCACUCAAACGCCACCUACGCUCUCACACAGCCGGGGACCAUCCGUACGAGUGUGAGUUCUGCGGGAGCUGCUUCCGAGAUGAGAGCACGCUGAAGGGCCACAAGCGCAUCCACACCGGGGAGAAGCCCUACGAAUGUAACGGCUGCGGGAAGAAGUUCAGCCUCAAGCACCAGCUGGAAACCCACUACCGCGUGCACACAGGUGAGAAGCCAUUCGAGUGCAAGCUGUGCCACCAGCGAUCCAGGGAUUACUCGGCCAUGAUCAAGCACCUGCGCACCCACAACGGCGCCUCGCCCUACCAAUGCACCAUCUGCCUGGAGUACUGCCCCAGCCUGUCCUCCAUGCAGAAGCACAUGAAAAACCACAAGCCCGAAGACGUGCCCCCAGACUGGCGCAUCGAGAAGACCUACCUGUACCUCUGCUACGUCUGAGGCCUGAGUGGAAGAA